AUGACAUCGCCCAGCCAAGAAGAAGCGGCGUCGUCGCUGCAUAACCUCAAAUCGUGGUGGAGCGCAUUUGCGCGCCCACUGCCACAGCGAGAGGAGCGUCUGGAACCAGGAACAUCUCUGUUUGGUGCACCUUUGCACCUUGCAUUGAAGCACUCGAGUGUGGGCAUUAGCUUGGCCAACAAGGAGGGUGAUCCGUAUGUUUGGGGGUACGUUCCUGUCCUGGUCGCCAAAAUCGGCCUGUAUUUGAAACGAAAUGCAACCGAUGUUGAAGGCGUGUUCCGCAUUGCUGGCUCGGAGAAGCGCAUGAAAGAAUUGCAAACUCAAUUCGACACGCCGCCACUGUACGGCAAGAAUGUGGACUGGACUGGGUACAAUGUGCACGACGCAGCGUCUUUGCUGCGCCGCUUUUUGAACUCCAUGCCGCAGCCAGUGAUUCCAAAAAACAAGUACCGCGACUUUCGCAAUGUCCUGUCGCGCUCCGAGGACGAUAUGGACGGUGCGAUUAGCCAGUACCGUGCCUUGAUUCUGUCGUGCUCGCCCGCGAAUCAGUACUUGCUCCUAUACAUCUUGGACUUGCUUGCCGUGUUUGACAGGAAGUCUGACACAAACCUCAUGAACGCAAACAAUCUUGCGAUCCUAUUCCAGCCGGGCUUGCUCAACCAUCCUUCUAUCAAGACCAAAGAAGACCAUACACUGGCCGUGCGCGUGGUUGAAUUCCUCAUCACACAGCAGGACAAUUUUGUCCUUGCGCUCUGCUCGCCGCCACCGGCGAAUGUGCGGCCCGAGGAACUCACGGAAGGCGCACCGCCGCUGGACGCGGGAGAAUACACUAUUAUCCCGUCGGAUUCCGACGAGGACCUGGGAAAAAUGGAGGCGCACGUCGGUGGUGGGGCGUUUCUUGCAAGGACCAAGCCCGAGCAGCAGCAGCAACAGCAGCAGCAGCAGCAGCAGCAGCGGCGUAAACGGCUCUUGCAGCGCGGCGAUCGACCUCUGCAUCCCCCGCCACCUACCAAGGAGCAGUUCACGCAGUAUGUCGUGCCGAAUCACGACGCUGCGCAGUCAUCGCCCAAGCCGAAGCGCGAUAGAAAGGUUCACGUCCGUACGCGCUCCAGUUCACAUUCCGAGCCGCAUAUCCGACGAACUGUUUCUCCAAUGACGCCCGACGAAAGUGCGAUUAAUUCACCCGGGCCUUCCACGACGGCGCAUACAAGAUUCAAGGGCUCAGACUCCCUCUCGCCUCCUGUGGUGCCCACGCGUCCCAAGCUCGGACCGCGCUCGGCCUCGGCGACCAGCUGGAUGGAGACGGUGCCCAGCGCAAAGGUUCCUUUUCCGAGCCCCUUGUCCAGCGAGCAACAGUAUUAUUUCGAGUCUUUGCGUUCGCCAGCGACAGCGCCAGAGGAUGCACGCGAAGCUGCGCCUAUCAGCGAGCAAGAGAAUGUACAGCUUCCUUAUCCUCUUAACCAGGGUCUCUCUGGCUUGGGGCCCGUAAUCGAACCUUCCGACAAGUCGGCGCACGAAGCGCCGCAAGCGCCGACAGAUGAUGCACAUGCAAGAGAGCCUGCCGUCUCGACGCAGGUCGCACAGGCCGAACCACGCCCAGUGCCUCAGACGCCUACCGUGGAAAUCGAAGCGGCUUCGCCACAAGCAGAAGAGCCCGACGCUGUUUCCACUACGGAGAAGUCCGAGCAUAUGCCGUUGGCGGGAGACGAGCCUGCGCCAGAAACAGUGCCUGCGCCAGAGUCUGCGCCAGCGCCAGAAACAGUGCCAGAAACGUCAGAGCCUGCGCCAGAGUCAGUGCCAGAGCCUGCGCCAGAGUCAGUGCCAGAGCCUGCGCCGGAGCCAGAGGAAUUGAUUGCGCGCCUGCGGGAUGCAUCGAUUUCCGCGUCCAACGAAGGCUAA